AUGCUAUGCCUUGCGUUUUCCAUGCUUGAUGAUGAUGAAAAUGCACCUGAGAUUGAUAUGAUUAAUGUUAUAUCCAAGACAGAGAUCAUUUUAGAGGUGGAUGGUAACAUUCCUAACGUUGAAUCCUCAAUUCAUCCCAUACCUUCUCUUAAUCACCUUCGAGGACUUAAUGUAUGGAGGUGUAAUAAUGUUGAAGUGGUGUUUGAGAUAGAGAGUUCCAGUAACAGCAGCAGCAGCACAGAUUUCACAACAACUCUGCAUAAAUAUAAUCAUCAACCACCACCACUACUACUUCCCCACCUCAAAUCCUUAUGGUUAGAAGAUGUGGAGAGGAUGAGUGAUGUGUGGAAGUUCAAUUGGAAGAAACUUGUAAUUCCUCAAAACCAAUCACAAUCCUACUCAUUCCACAACCUCACAACCAUAUACAUGGAAAAGUGUCAUAGCAUAAUGUACUUAUUUUCACCUGUCAUGGGCAAACUUCUUCCCAACUUAAAGGAGGUGGAGAUAUGGAAUUGUGAUGGUAUUGUAGAAGUUGUUUCAAAUAGAGAUAUUAAUGAUGAAAAUGAAGAAAUAAUAUCUUCUACUCACACAAACACCUUCUCCUCCUUCCCUCUUCUUGAUUUGCUCUUCCUCCAGUCUUUGCCACGCCUAAAGAGUAUCGAUGGCGGUACUACGAUCACAACUACUUCCAUCCAUGAUCAGUUCAAGUGUUCUCAAGUCGGUGUUGCUUCGUGGUUCUUAUGCCAAUACUCCAAAAAGAUUACUAUAUCAACUUGUCCUGCCCUAUCAAGAGUGUUUCCAUCCAAUGUAGUGGGACGGCUGCUUAAGCUUGAAGAGUUGAGAAUAUGGAAUUGUAAGUCAAUAGUAGAGCUAUUUGAAACUGAAUGGGCGAACAACAAUGGUGUUGAUAGUAGUAAUGUUGGUGAUGGAAGUGACGAUACAUGUACUGCAAUCACCAUCCCAAGGUCGGCAAAUAUGACUCUGCUUCAAUUGCCUGUUAAAGAUCAUCACUAG